AUGCUGGGCUGGUGUGAAGCGAUAGCGUGUAACCCUCGCAGGAUCCCUAACAACACGCGGACCCCCGAGGGCUCAGAGGAAUGGGCUGACGCCUCGCAAACCUCCACACUGAAUGACAAAUCCCCAGGGCGAUCUGCAAGUCGAUCAAGUAAUAUUUCAAAAGCAAGCAGCCCGACCACAGGGACAGCUCCCAGGAGCCAGUCACGGUUGUCUGUCUGUCCAUCCACUCAGGACAUCUGCAGAUCUGCCAUCUUACAUGACAUGUCAGAAGGCUCAUUUGAGCAAAGCACCCCUGUCGUGGUGCUGAGCCCUGCUAGGAAGCAGUCCGGUAAGAAAUCAGUAAAACAGAGGCCUAGGAGGAGGAGGAGGGCUGCUCUGAGGUACGAGCACACAGAAGAACAAGUGAAAGGGAGAAGAAAGGAUUUUCACCUCCAAAUCCCCAGCCACCGAUGCAGUGAGACUGACACAGAUUCUUCAGAUUCAUCGUCCGCCGAUGAGAGUCACUGGAUUCACGCAAAAAGAAGAGCCCAAGCGAAGUUCCGCCUGUCUAGGAGAAGGAGAAAUAAGAAACCAAGUGGAAGCUUGGAUGAGUCUCCCGCUCCUAAUGAAAUCCAUCCAGUACAUUUGGGAUCCAAAGGUAAAAAGCGCCCGGAGCUGACCGAGUGUGAGACCUGCUCUUUAAACCUCCACAGAGGAAAAGGCACAACAUACCAAGGAUGCAGUGUUUCCCUGCCAAGACAGUCCUCUGACAUUAAGAGACCCUCAAGGAAGCAUGAGGAAAGCAGAGGCAGGUACCACCACAGGGAUCCUGGGCUCUUGCACAGGCCUGGGCAAAAUGAAACAGUCAAGAGAAUGUUUUCAGAGACAGAUUCCAGCACUGAAAUGCUGGCAGUCAAAGAACGUGGCAAGCCUGUGGAGGAUGCAGGAUUCCUUCAGAAGCCUCCUGCCACCUACCAGGAUGGGUCUGAUCAUUUAAAAGCAUGCAGGAUCUGUCACUGCGAAGGGGAUGAGGAGAGUCCGCUCAUCACGCCCUGCCGCUGCACGGGCACCCUGCGCUUCGUGCACCAGGCCUGCCUCCACCAGUGGAUCAAAAGCUCUGACACGCGCUGCUGUGAGCUGUGCAAGUACGACUUCAUCAUGGAGACCAAGCUCAAACCCCUCCGCAAGUGGGAGAAACUGCAGAUGACCAGGAGUGAGAGGAGGAAGAUAUUCUGCUCUGUCACCUUCCACGUCAUUGCCAUCACCUGCGUGGUCUGGUCUUUGUACGUGUUGAUUGAUCGGACAGCGGAGGAAAUCAAGCAAGGCAAUGAUAAUGGUGUCCUUGAAUGGCCAUUUUGGACAAAACUGGUUGUGGUGGCCAUCGGCUUCACGGGAGGUUUGGUCUUCAUGUACGUACAGUGCAAGGUCUACGUUCAGCUGUGGCGCAGGCUGAAGGCCUACAACCGCGUGAUCUUUGUGCAGAACUGCCCCGACACGGCCAAGAGGCUGGAGAAGAACUGCUCCUGCACGGUGAACACGGACGCCAAGGACGCCGGGGCAGUGCCUGCCUUACAAACGGGGACCAACGCACUGCCACCUUCGGAGGGCGGCCCCCCCGAAGUCAUACCCGUGUGA